AUGUUCCCCGAUGAGCUCAAGGGACUGACGCCGGUCGAAGAGAAGCUCAUCUCGCUGAACUCAUGUUACGGGCAUGUCAGGGGCCACAUCACAGUGUUUCCGAACAAUGUGCAGGAGCUGGCCACCAAAGUGCUCCCGCACCCCCUUUUGCAAGCACUGGACGAGAUCCACAUCUCGUGGCAGGGCGCGGAGAAGCCGGCACCGAGUGACCUGUCGAGUCUCUUGUCGGUGAGGCGGCGGGUGGUCGAGAGGGCCCUUGUCUGGCUGAAGCGGAACAACCCCCACUACGCCGAGAUCGAGAUCGACGCGGCGGAGAUGGAGAGCUGGGGAGACUCGAUACACGGGGUACCGUCGUCGGUGUGCGAUCGUAUGGAGCGGAACGAGCCGUCUGGGUGGGAGAAAGCGCGGACGGCGCACGUUGUGCCGCCCACGGAACGCGCCGUGGACGAGGAGGGGCCGGUGGAGAUCGAGGAGCUCUUCGCCCUGCUCAACCAAGGACAAGAAGCCGGCGGCCAGGGUGAAGGUCACGGGCCCAACGGAGAAGGCGCGGUUCGCGAUGGAAGUGACGCCUGCCCCGACCAGAACGUUCCAGCGAUCAACGAGGUGACGUCUUCUGGCAUGUUCGCGCUCGACGGACCGCCAGACGUCGCGGACGUGGAGAAGCUGCAGUUUGCCUGUGACGCUGUUGGUGAAGGUGCCGACGACGGCCGUGCGGGCCCGAGAGCGUGGGUCGGGUCCCUAGCCGGGGGGGUUCGGGGGCGUGGCGACGGUGGUUGUGAGCCAUACAUCCGGGUUUCGCGGGGGGGUGAGUUUACCGAUUCCUUUGAGGCGUCCUUCUUUGCCAGGACGUUCCCGACCCUGUUCCCAUUUGGCGUUGGGGGACCAAGGCUGGGCUGUCGAGGCAGAGGCGGCCGCGGAGACCCCGUAUCGUCUCGAAGCUUGAACCUUCAGGCGUGGGCCGAGAUCGUGCUCCGGCGCCAUGGUGGUCGAUUUGCACUGCACCACAUCUUCGCAUUUCUCGUCUUCAACAUGGGCCCAUGUCGAGAGGUCCGUCUCAAUAUGCGGCGGAAAAUCCAGUCGCUCAUCGUCGGAUAUGGCGUGCCGGCCAUCUGGUUCACCAUCAACCCGAACGACAUUACGAACCCGGUGAAGCUGCGACUGGCGGCAUACCGCACACGCGAUCCCGACGCGGCCGAGGAGUUCUUAGAAGGCCUUGGGGAUGCGUAUAAGCGGGCACGGCUGGCGAUAUCGGAUCCCAUGAGCUCGGCCGUGUUCUUCCACCGCGAGAUGAAGCUGUUCUUCGAUCAUUACGUGAAGGUCGGUGAAGAGUCGGUAUUCGGGCGCAUCGGCAAGUACUAUGGCGCCGUGGAGACGAACGAACGAGGGGCGCUUCAUGUUCACGGCUUGCUCUGGCUGCACGGGAACGCGCAUCUCAGCUCGAUGCUUGCCGACAUCCACGGGGAGGAUCAGGCGGCGUAUCGCGAGCGAAUCGUCCGAUACAUCGAUAGCGUCUUCUCAGAGGAUCUGGACCAGGAAAGUUUUUGCGCCGUGCAAGCGGAGCGAUCUGUGACGGGCGGUAUUGGUUCCCUGCUGGACAACGCCGCGCAGUUCUCGGCCGCGUUUAUCGAGGAGGCCAACUUCUGUGCCGGCGCGACGCAGGAGGGCGGAAAGGGACCUCUGCCGGUUCAAGGCGCCAUGGAGAUCCGGAGGACACACAGCAUGGUCAAUCGAUGGAACGAGGCUAUUGCUGUCGGGCUCCGGCACAACCAUGAUAUUUCCUUCAUUGCGACGCAGCGCAAGACAAUGGCCCUCAUCUAUUAUGUCACGAACUACGCGACCAAGGUGGAGGACCCGGUGUGGAAGCGUGUGGCGGCCGCGGCCGAGCUCCUGGCCGCCUCAACAGGUGAUGGCACGGCCAACGGAGGGCGGGACGGUGGCGGAGACGCUGCCACCGAUGACCCUGUCAAGGAACAGGACGCGACAGUCGAGGUCGUCGCUCACCUUCUCGGAUAUCCGGCCGAGUUCACCGACAGCAGCGCGUGGGCGUACCUGAACUGUUCUCUGCUGUACUGGGAAGUCUUUCGGCGAUGGCGGCAUCUCCGAGAAGCCAGUGGCGCUGCGGCUACGGAUGACACCUUGGAUGAGUCGGUGCUCAGGCGGCCGGGCAAGCACGCUACCGUCUGCCUCGACGGCUACCUGAGCAAGGACUUCACCUACGAUGACGAGUCGUGCUACCGGAGGGCAGCCGUGCAGCAUCUUGCGCUGUUCGUGCCGUGGGAGUCCUUCCUGGGCGAAGGAACAGGUGAGAUCAACAGCAUCUGGGCGCGGGCUCGAGACGCUAUGGCCCCGAGAAUAUCAUGUCUCGUCGACAACGUGCAGCUGCUUCGACGAUCCGCCGAAGACGCAAAACGCGACGCCAAGCAAUGGGCAGCCUCGUCCGGCGAUGGUGACCCGACGGUCGCACACGUCGAGGAGGGUGGAGCAGGCGAGGCGGGCGCGGAGUCUGCAGCGACAUAUCAGCCCAACAGCAUCGGAGACGCAACGCGGCUCAUCGACGUCCAGCUCUGUCGGUUUCAGCAAUCGGCGCUGCGCUCGACGGCCGAGCUCGAGGCCACGGCGCUGAUCGAACGAGGGGAGAGGCGGUUAAGCAUGCCAGGGCGGGUAUUUUCCGGGGCCGCACUACCGCCGCAGGAUCAGGUCAAGGCUAUCAAGUCGCAGCAGCGAUCGCCGCGCAGCGUUGCGAAGGGUGAUGACCGGUUUCGGGAGGACGAGAUCGAAAUGACGAUGGCCGACUCCGACGAGACCGCUAUCGACGCAGGGGCGGGAAUGGACGUUCAGUUUGGCCCAUCAACCUCCUUCCUCGCGGCGGGCAAGGUGUUGGCAACACGGCUGACGCUGAACAAGAGGCAGUCCAUCGCUUUUCUGAUAAUAUGCCGCCAGCUCGAUUUGAUGCAGCAGACCGACGGGGCGAUGCCUGCCAGCUGCGCCAGUUCGUCGGUGGCGAGGGCGGCGGAGCGGUUCAUCCACGGCCAGUCUCGAAUGGAUUGGCAGGAGAAGGAUGUGCUCGUCAUCGACGAGGUGAGCAUGCUCGGGGCGCGGACGCUGCACGCCGUGAACGAGCGGCUUCGCCGGCUUCGCGGAUCGCGGCAAGAUUUCGGGGGGAUCCCCAUCGUCCUCUUCUGCGGAGAUUUUCAGCAGUUCCGGCCGGUCCAAGAGAGGUCGAUCGUCCUGCCUAGCGCGGCCAUCUCGUGGGACGUAGACAACUCGUUCAAGGCCGAGCAGCGUCACCAGCACGACAAAGCGCACGCACUGUGGAAGAGGUUCACGACGGUCGUCAUGCUGGACGAGCAGAUGCGCGCCGCCGGCGACCCGGAGCUGCAGAGGCUGCUGAAGCGGAUCCGUCUAGGCGUGCAGGAUCGGACGGAUCUAAACCUCCUCAACUCAAGGAAUCGGUGGAACCUGAACAUGGAGGCGAGCCUGGCGUUCCGGGUCCAGCAGCGGUCGACGAUGCGCAUUUUCAUCUCCGAGCACAAGUGGAAGGAGGAGCUGCCGACGGAGGAAGAGGCGAUCAUGAUACUCAACCAGGGCGACGAUAGCGCGAUCCCGGUGCCGGCCGUCUUCAUGUUCGUGGCCGGGAUGCCCAUCGUCGUGAACCACAACACCCACCAGGGGCUGAAGCUAGUGAACGGCGCGAGCUACUCGGCGGUGGAGGUCAUUGUCGACAAGGCGUACCGGGGCAUCGGAUCUCGGCCGAUAUGA